AUGUCUGCACAAGAUCUGGAGUUCGUGGACCGUCCGCCAUUGACAUCACUACCAUAUAUAGUUGUAAACGGCCUCGAGUCCAACGAGUCUUCCCGCUCGCCUUAG